CUAAUCUCUUCUAGUCACCAAGGCCACUGACUGAUGAAAGGGGAUAGAAGGUUUUCCUGCUUAUGGACCAAGUUGACAAAGGAAACAAAAAUGGAGACUGCCUCCUCUGGAGUAAAUUCAACCAGUUCAGCCCAUUUUAUUAGGGAAGAGGACAGUUGGCCAGUACUCAUGAAGAAAAUACCACAGAUUCUUGAAGAAUAUGAAACCACAAGUGUCCUGUCAAUGCAGUCAAGAGAACGUCUUGUGAAAACAUGCAUACAAGACCUUGUUCUCAGAUGUGGCUUCUGGAUGCUUGUUGAAGCAUGGUGGUGAGGAUGGAUAGAACACGAUUAAUGGGGCCGCCGUCACGAGGCCAGGUCAGAUGGAUGAAUGUAAUGAGAACUGGAGUCCUUCAUCUCCUGCUGCUAUCAGCCUGCCUCGGCCAAGACACAGAAGACUGGCAAUAUGAGGAAUGUAAACUCUCCCGUUCUGGUCCUCCUGCUACCAUCGUGGCCAUAGAUGAAGAAAGCCCCAAUGGAACAUUGUUGGUGGAGAACAUGCAGAUCAAUGGUGUGGCAGAGGGUCCACAUCGUACAAUCUCUUUGUCUCUAAGAGACAACCACGACUACUGGGUGAUUCUUGAUCCUGCCAGGCAGUCUCUUUACCUGAACAGCACUGGACGAGUUCUUGAUAGAGAUCCACCGUCGUUUAUUCACUCCAUCGUGGUUCAGGUUCAGUGCACCAACGAGCUGAUUGGAACAGUGAUUUUACACGAGGUCCGCAUUGUUGUCCGAGACCGCAAUGACAACGCUCCACAUUUCCAGCAGCCUCGAUACUAUGUCGCCAUCAGUGAGCUAACCCCUGUAGGAACAACGAUCUUCUCUGGUUUCUCUGGGAAUAAUGGUGCAACAGACAUUGACGACGGACCCAACGGGCAGAUAGAGUACACCAUCCAGUACAACCCAAAAGAUCCGACUGCCAACAGAACCUUUGACAUCCCCCUGACUUUGUUUGGCUCCGUAGUUCUAAGGGAACGGCUCAACUACGAGGAGAUAACACGAUACUUGGUCAUUAUACAGGCAAAUGACCGGGCACCUUCACCAAGUGACCGUCGAACUGCCACCACCACACUGACCGUGGAUGUGCUGGAUGGAGAUGACUUGGGUCCCAUGUUCCUACCUUGUACACUUGUGGGAAACACUCGUGACUGUAGUCCUAUCACGUAUUUGGCCAGUGUUCUGGAGCUGACAGAGCCUAAUAAGACAAAUCCCCUCAAUGUGACCCCACCUAUCCAAGCUGUGGACCAGGACAGAAACAUUCAACCUCCAUCGGACAGACCUGGGAUCCUGUACUCCGUCCUUAUUGGCAAACCAGCAUCCUAUACAGAAUAUUUCAGCUUAAACAGAACCACAGCAGAACUCAUGCUGCUUAAACCCAUUGACAGGGAGCUCUACCGCAGAUUUGAUCUGGUUAUCAAGGCGGAGCAGGACAAUGGUCACCCCCUGCCAGCGUUCGCCAACCUUCAAAUCGAAGUUCUGGAUGAAAACAACCAAGCACCAUACUUUUUGGAGUCUGGUUACCAUGGAUACAUCAGUGAGGCUUCACCAGUCGGAACCACCGUCGCUACCAACGCCACUCUAUCGACUCCCCUCACUAUAAUAGCUUUGGAUAAUGACGUGGAGGAGGCCCGGGAUCCACAGCUGCACUUUUCUCUGGACAGUUAUUCUCAUGUUUUUUCUAUAUCAACUACUGGGAUAAGAAGAUAUCUCAUGCUGUUGCAGCCUGUAGACAGAGAAACACAAGACUCCUAUACAUUCACGCUGUUGGCAUCAGAUGGUGUUCAGCAAAGUGCUCCUGUUAUUGUGACCAUAACAGUGCUGGAUGCCAAUGACAAUACUCCAACUUUUUCCAAUGUCUCCUAUAGCGUAAACCUGUUCACAGAUAUGUUGCCUGGAGAAACUGUCAUACAGAUGUCAGCAGUUGAUUCUGAUGCAGGUGAAAAUGGCCAAAUCAGUUAUCGCAUCUUGGCUGGUGGCCAGGGAAAGUUUCUAAUAAACAGCAGCACUGGGGUAAUUACAGUGGCACCAGGUGCUGAGCUGACUGUUGGCCGAAGCUACGCUCUGACUGUGGAAGCUGCAGACAAUGGGCCUGCGCCUCACAGACGGUCUUCCAUUACAACAGUAUAUAUUGAAGUUUUGCCCCCAAACAACCAGAGCCCUCCUCGCUUUCCUCGCCAACAAUACAACCUUGAGAUCAGUGAAGCUAUGAGGACUGGUGCUACACUUCUUAAUCUGCAGGCGGUGGAUCGAGAGAAGGAUCCAAUAACCUACAAAAUCCACAGUGGAGAUAUUAAUGGAAAUUUUGCACUGCAGCAGAAUUCAGGGUAUUUAAUUCUGGACAAGCCUUUGGACAGGGAGUCUCUGGAUCAUUAUAUCCUGAUUGUCACCGCCUCAGACGGACGCCCAGAUGGAACCUCCACUGCUGUGGUGAACGUGGUGGUGACUGAUGUGAAUGACAACGAUCCGGUGUUCAACUCUUCACUGCCAGUGAAUCUCUCUGUCACCGAGGAGCAGAAUAACGCCUUCGUUGGACAUAUCAUGGCAACAGAUCUGGAUCUGGGAGCAAACGGUCAGGUCCAUUACAGGCUUGUCAACCACCAGACACUGUUUUCCAUCAAUGCCUCUGGAGCCAUCAGGACUGCAGUCCCACUGGACAGAGAGGUGAAAGGUCACUAUUUCCUGGUUGUUGAAGCCUCGGAUGGUGCAGUGGACCCUCGGCGAUCCAGGCUCACCCUCUCUGUGACUGUUUUGGAUGUGGACGACAACAGCCCGAUAUUCUCCCAACAGUCCUACAACGUCAAUCUACCUGAGAACAGCCCAAAGGACACUGUCAUUUUACAGUUAAAGGCAACAGAUGCUGACCUCAUCUCCAACCUCACAUAUCGAAUCAGAGCUGAAGGCCUGGAUCCUGAGAUAACACGGCUUUUCCGCAUUGACCCCGUGACAGGGGAGCUGUCAGUUCUUAAGGUUCUGGACUUUGAAGCUCUGGCUGCCUCUGAACCCAUGUACACUUUCACCGUAGAGGCUGUCGACGUGGAGGGAACAAUGCCUCCUGGGCUCGCCUCGGUUACUGUCAGAAUACUGGAUAUGAAUGACUUUGCUCCCUCAUUCAGACAACCCGUCUACAGAGGCAUGGUUGCUCCUAAUGCUGUCAAGGGAACCAUUGUAACCACGGUGAUGGCCAACGAUUCUGACCCUGCGGGAACCCCCGCAGGUCUAAUUCGCUACAAGGUGGACCAGGAGGCCUAUCCUUACUCUGCCAGUAUAUUCGAUGUAGAUAAAGAGAAAGGUCAUGUGGUUACCAGAGUAAAUCUUAACGAGGAACCCAACUUAAAGUUCCGACUGGUGGUGGUGGCCUAUGAUCAUGGCGAGCCUGCGAAAGAGAACACGACUCUGGUGGAAAUCACAGUGCUUCAGCCCUCUGUUAUCCCUGUGUUCACUCGAGAAGAAUACAGAUUUCCACCAGUGAGUGAGGAGGCUGCUGUUGGAACCCCAGUGGGAAUCAUCAUGGCAGCAGCUGUCAAUCAAACUAUCGUGUAUUCCAUCGUCGAAGGCAAUGAGGGAGGUGUGUUUUUGUUAAACAAAACAACUGGGGAGAUUUCCACAGCCAAGCCCCUUGACUAUGAAACCAAUUCCAGCUAUGUUCUGAAGGUGGAAGCAGACUCCAUGAGGGUGGUCUCAUCAAAUCUCCGAGCUCCAUCAAAGUCUAACACAGCCCGGGUGCUGAUUGAUGUCCAGGAUGAGAACGACCACCCACCAGUUUUCACCAGAUCUCUUUACAUUGGAGGAGUUGGAGAGGAUGCCAAAACUUUCACCUCGGUCUUGCAAGUACAGGCUGUGGACAAAGACACUGGGAACUACAGCUCCAUGGUCUACAGGCUCAUCAUCCCCCCUCCCACAGGAAAAGAAACUAAAGACAGCAAAGAUGGAUUUGUCAUUGAACCGUACACCGGUGUGGUGAAGACAGCAAUCAUGUAUCGCAACAUGAGGAGGUCAUAUUUCAAAUUUGAGGUGGCUGCAACAGACAACUACGGUCAAGGACACAGCAGCAGAGCAGAGAUAGUGGUGUCUGUUGUGAACCAGCUGGACAUGCAAGUGGUCGUAUUAAAUGUCCCUCCAACGUAUGUUGAAAAAAAUAAAGAUCAAUUGCUCAGCAUUUUGGAACGCUACGUUCAGGAGCAGGUGGUCGGCGCAAAGGUUGUCGUGGAAACCAUCGGGCCCCACCGGGAUGGCGAAGCGAUGGAGCUGGAAGAUUACACUAAGUCAGAUCUCAUGAUUUAUGCCAUCGAUCCACUGACAAACAGAGCCAUAUCUAGACAGGAGCUCUUCAAGUUUCUUGAUGGGAAACUAUUGGAUAUCAAUAAAGAGUUCCAGCCUUUUCUCCCUCCUGGUGGCCGGAUUCUGGAAAUCAGAACCCCCGAAGUGGUGGCCAGCGUAAAGAAAGCUGUGCACAGUGUUGGCUACACAGAGGGGGCACUCUUGGCUCUCGCCGUUAUCAUCAUCAUCUGCUGUGUUCCCGCUAUUUUAAUUGUCAUUAUCACAUACAGGCAAUUCAAAGAGAGACAAGCAGAGUGUGCCAAAACAGCCCGCAUCCAGAUGGCACUGCCAACAGGCAAACCCGGGGGAGGCACUGCCAACAACCUGUACGAGGAGCUCGGUGACAACGCCAUGCGUGGAUAUGGGCAACAUGAGACACAGCAGCUACUACGACCCUCUCUGCUCAGGCCAGAGGAGUUAUCCAUGGAGUCUGGCAUCGACCCCGGCCAGGACUACUACACACAAGAUUAUUACAACUAUGACCAUGGGUACGAGCUUCCUCAGUACGGCAGUCGCAGGAAGCUGAUCUCACCCUCCGGUCUUUACGAUGAGUAUGGAGAGGUUGUGGUUGAUGACGAUGGCAGCUACUACUACAGCCCACAGGAGUCAGACGGAGAGCCUGGUGGUAGAAAGCGGCGGAUCAAGUUGAUGGUUGACCGAGAGUACGAGACCAGCUCCACCGGUGAGGAGAGCAUGCCAGAGACCCAACGCAGCCGUUUAUCCACCACGCACAACAGCCACGUUAACGUCAACGGCGGGAUCUAUGUGGCUCAGAACGGCUCCAUCGUGCGCACCCGACGAUCAGUCAACGCUUCAGGUCCUUCUCAGAGCGCCAGCUCCACAAAGAACAAUCUAAAACCAAGCUCUCCCAUCUUCAGCUCACGGCUGGCCAAGCACUUUAAAAAACUGGACAAAAUGGCUGCCACGUUGGAGGAGAGAGUGCCCCUGAACACCAAGACGCAAGCAGGAGAGGGGCGCAACACACUGAGCACUUUUCAGAGCUGCAGACGGGCCGCCUCAGCAACGGCCACCUCCUCUUCCUCCAACACUAACAAAAUGCUGAAUGUGUUAAACACUCGACAAUCCAGCGUGUCCUUGGGGUCAACCAGCACCAGCAACACAGGCCCUGAAAGCGUAAUGUCCAAGCCCGACGUGCUCCCGGCAGCACUGGCUGUCACAGAGCAGCCCGAGAGCACGUCAGAGCAAGACGGGCCAGCAGAGGGCGAGCUCGAGUCAAAGGUGGACGGAAACGGCGGCGUUGAGGCCGUUUCCAGGGAACCUCUGGAGUGCCCGAGUGACAGAACACAAUCGGAUGAGGAAGAGUUGUGGAUGGGCCCCUGGAACAACCUUCACAUACCCAUGACCAAACUCUGACUGAGUCCAGCGCCACUGUGCUCGUUCUUUAUUGCCAAGUUCAUUUAAUGUUUUCAGUAUAUUUUCUUUUCGUUCUCUGUGAAACUAAUGGAGAUGCUCCAGUACAGCAAACAUAUAUAUCAAUUGAUUUAUACUAGCUAAAAGUGACUUGGCAUUCAAAUCACUGGUAUCACAUAAAACAAAUAAUUUUUCUUUUAAUUUAUGUUCAGUGAGAUGGGGUUUAAUUUGCCAUCUGCAAUUUCAGCAGCAAAUUGUCUGUUUUGUAAUUUCUGUGUUUCAAUCUGUGCAUCUCCUCAGCCUUGCUGACCUGAGAGCUGCAGCACCUUCAGAAAACUGGACCUACAGUGGUAACACGUAUUACUUUAAGAGUGAGGGGAUGAAAACUUGACUCUUUUUAAUGGCCCUUUAAGCGACUGGUGUCUGUAUGGAACUGCGCUUGUUUCAUUCAGGUUUAUGGCCAAUGGUGCAACUCGACGUAAAUUUGCCUGAUGCAUUUCAUUGACACAUGCAGUCUUGUAUUGUUCACACUUGCCUUUUUAUUCUUGUCAAGCUGCUUGGCAGACUCGAUCCAAAUAAAGUUUCAAUCUGUUGAAAAAUGAA